GCCCAGGCGUUUCAAAUCUCAUGAUUGUGUGCGACGCAGACGCAGAUCCAAAAACCACAUGAAAUGCAACGAAAAAUAAAUGAGAUUUUGACUCCACUGAUAAAUUUUGCUCAGCCGAUAACCACGAUCAUACUCGUACCCACUCUCGGUAAACGGCCUCCCCCCUCUCUCUCUCUCUCUCUGUGGCAACUGAAGAACAGAGAAGAAAGCAAGAGGGAGACACGAGAGUCCUGUGUGUGCGUGCGCGUGUGUUGGGUGUUGCAGAGUGGAAAUGGCGCAGAGAAUUCCAGAGGAGACGACGAAGGAGGAGACGUCUGUGGAAGGAGGAGAAGAAGCUCAUCCCUACGCGUUCCACGUAUCUGGACCUCGCAAUGUCUCCUCUCCCAACUGGAGAGACCUCCUCAGUUCCAGUUGGAAGGAUGAGAAUUACAAGAGAACAGUGCUCGCCUGCUUCAUCCAAGCCGUCUACUUGCUCGAAUUGGACAGACAAGAGAACCGGUCCGAGGAAAACGCACUCGCCCCCAAAUGGUGGCUACCCUUCAAGUACAAGCUGUCCCAAACGCUAAUCGACGAGAGAGAUGGAUCGAUAUUCGGCGCUGUGCUAGAAUGGGAUAGGGCCGCAGCACUAGCCGACUUCAUACUGAUCAGACCCAGCGGUGCGCCGAGAGCCGUGUUGGCCCUAAGAGGGACAUUGCUCAAAGGCCCCACAAUCCGCAGAGAUAUCGAAGAUGACCUCCGGUUCCUCACUUGGGAAAGCCUGAAAGGCUCGGUCCGGUUUAACGUGGCUCUAGAGGCAUCGAGAUCGACGGCGCAGAGCUACGGGAGCAAUAAUGUGUGCAUCGUGGGGCAUUCGUUAGGAGCUGGUUUUGCAUUGCAGGUGGGGAAAGCACUGGCGAAAGAGGGCAUCUACGUGGAUGCCCAUUUGUUCAAUCCGCCUUCGUUUUCUCUGGCUAUGAGCCUAAGAAACAUGGGAGAGAAAGCCGGGGUCACUUGGAGGAGGCUCAAGUCGAUGUUCCCUUCUAGCAGCGAGCAAGAAAACCAGGGGAGCAUUGACGAUUCACAGACGAUUUCCGAAUCCGGUUUGAGGGGCUGGAUGGCGCAAUUGAAUCGGAGCAAGACUCUGAAUUUGGGAAUGAAGAAAUGGGUGCCUCACCUAUAUGUGAACAACAGUGACUACAUCUGCUGUCAUUACACCGAUCCGCCUGGUACGGAAGAGAAUGGCAGCGACAAGGAGAAUGUCAGCCCAGGCCUGAUGAACGCGCAGCAGGUGGCGGCGAAGCUGUUUGUGAUGUCCAAGGGGAAGCAGAAGUUCCUCGAGGCGCAUGGGCUCGAGCAGUGGUGGUCGGACGGGCUAGAGCUUCAGCUGGCCCUCACCAACAACAGCAAGCUCAUCAACAGGCAGCUCAAGUCCCUGUACAGCCUCCCGCCUCCAAAUCCAACGCCGAAAAAGGCCUAGCCAUUGUGGAUGCUCUGUGCAUCUUGCUCGUUCUGUUUGUUGUAAAACAACUCAUUUUUUCGAGUGUGACAGAUCCUAGCACGACUUGCUGAUGAUUCUUUUUUUCGCCUCUCUCAAGAAGCAUCUGUUCGGAAAGUUAGAAUCGGCUUUCAGUAAUAUUAUGCUCCCUAGCGUGCGUGUGUGAGUAGCUCAAGCACCUUGUAAAGAUUGGGACUGAUGGGGUGAAAGGUUCAAUCAUGAACUGAAGUGUACCCUGUGUACUAAAUUCUG